UUAGGGAAAUUGGUAAGAGCCCGAGUGAAUUAGUAUUAGGGUUUAGCGAGCGAGAGAGAGAAAGAGAGAGACGGAGAGAGAGAAUGGCAGGAAAGGGAAGGAAAAGGAGAGAGAAGAACUACAAAGCUGCGCAUGGUGGCUACACUGCUCUCCCUCCACCGCCAAAAUCCUCUCAACUCGAUGCUUUGCCAUUCAAACUCCGACAAAUUAUCUCUUUCACUAAACACCAAAACGAUUCUCCUGGCUUACCAAAAGACAAGAAAUUAGAUGAUGGGCAUGUAAAAAAGGAUGGGCAUGUAACAAAUGUGAAACAGGAGGAUACUAGUGAACAAUUGAAGGCACCUCAACACAGUGAUGAAGAGCUUGAUAGAAAUGAUAAGAAUAAGAAAAAAAGAAAGAGGAAAGAGGUUAAAGAUCUCAGGUUUGCGAUGGAAGAGGAUAAAACGAGCACCCAACUAAAAAGACGGGAGCGUAAAAAGAAGUAUUUGGAAUCGAAAAAGAAGAAGCACAAAAAAAGCCAAGAAGAUGAUAAUUUGGAAUUUCCAGGACAAGAAAAAAUAAAAUUUGGAGAUAUUGUACAAGCCCCACCAAAGUUAUCUUUCAUUCCAAAAGCUUCCAAGAUUUCACAGGAUGCUUCUCAUGAGAGACUUAGACUCCGGGCCAUAGAGGAUUACAGGAGUCGCAAAGGAUGGACAUCACGGCCAGGAAAUCACCGUCCACCUCCAGUGACUGCAUCUGACCCUUAAAUCGUUUGCAGCAUAUUUAUUAAGGAUACUCUGCUUACCUGAGGAAGUCUUGUGAAGCAGCCAUUAUUUAGCAGAUUAUGCUAAUUACAUGAACAAAUCAGAGGAAUUCAACAUGGCUCUUUCAUACUUUCUCCCUUGGAGGUGGACUUUUCUUCAUUCAGAAGCAACUUACAGGUUCUUAUAGGAAUUAUGACACUGCUGAAGUCAUUAGUUACGGUAUGAUCCUUGAAAAGCCAAUAGGUGAGCAACUAGGUUGGCUAACAUUUGUUAACAUAGAGCAAAAUAUUGAUUCAAAACGAUGAUGCUGUUUGUAUUUUUUCCUCUUAAGUAUUCUUUAAUCUAUGUUUUCCUUGGUUUGCUUUAAAUUUUGUAUCUAGAAAUAUAGACUCAUGAAAUCUGAACUGAAGAAUAUGAUAUGUCAAAACUAAAAGUCCUAUUAGCAUGGAGAGUUCCACCUAAAAGUCCUA